AUGUACAUUGACAUGAUGGUGUUGCGUGACGAGUUCGAGGUUGAGUUUCUUUCAACGCUUCUCGAACCUCUUCCCAGCAUGAAGGAGUUCAUUCACUCUCUGCAAUACCGAUACUGCAUGAGCGAUACCUCGUUCACCGAGAUUGAUUAUCACAAGAGGCUACUCGACAUGUGCUUCAACUGUGAUCAGAUCAACCGGCUUCGCAUCAAUCUUCCCUGCCAGCUUGUCGGUCAGCGCUGCAACACUGCCACCAUGAUCUUGGCCAACACAUUUUCCGCCUUUGCCGAACGGUUUAAGAACAUGGACCCUACCGGCCCAGAACCUGUUAGGCUGGAGACUCUCGUUGUCGAGAACAUUACGGAUCAGACCAUCUACAACCUGUGGAAGAACCCCAGCGAUGUUCGCAGCAUGAUACACGUGUUUUCUGGGCUCAGACACGCCAUGUUCACGAUCCGCCGUGUCGAGCUCGCAGACCCACGCAUCCUCACCGCUUGGGGGCGCUUUCUCUGGGAGAUGUUCCGCAUCGCCGAGUCACUCGACAGCCUCCGCCUCGUGGGCACCGACGACGACCGCCCGCCGCGCGGUCUCCUCAAACAGACCAAAGCUUGGGCUACCAGUAUAAUGGAGUGGCGGGCUCUCGCGCUGCCGGUGCCGCCCAGCUUCCACGCCCAUCCCUCCCUCACGAGCCUCGCGCUCGAGCGCCUCGACAUCUCUCCCAUGAACCUCCAGUCCGCCGCCUGGAACUUUGGGUCCACGCUUCGCAUCCUCAUCCUCAACGAGGUGUACCUCAAGGUCGAGCAGAGCACCACCCACAACCGGGACACGACCAAGUCCCUCUGGAUCGGGCCUGCCAAACCAGCGGCCCGAAGACGACCAACCUGUGGAUGGCCAUGCAGUUCCGCAUCCUCGCGCCAAAGCUCGAGCUCCGGCCUCGGCCGCAGCCUCGCCCAGCGUUUCGUAGAGGUGACCCUCGGCUACGCCCAGCCGCCAUCCCCGCCGCCCACCGUCCACCCCGUCGUCUUCCUCCCCGAGGACAGCAGUCACGACCACCUCGUCGCGAACCUCCGACCCCGCCCCGCCGGCGGCCUCGCCAUCGCCGACUACGACGCCAACGCCCACCACGCGGCCGUCGACGACCCAACCGGCCGCUGGCACCGCAGCCUCGACGGCCUGUACCCCACCUCCAACGCCGGCACCCUCCACACGCUGCACGCCAUCGCCGACGCGGCGUUUCGCGGCAUGAACGAGAUUCAGCGCCACCGCGAUGAGGCGGCCCUGCGCGAUGGCGUCGCCGGAGAGCCGGCGCAGGAAGGCGGCUGGCUGGCGGCGAACCUGCUCAACAUGAAUUUUCUCGACGAGUGA